GUGAAAGUCUGUGGAUGAAAAGUUGCAGUGUGAGAAUGUGGCAAGAAAGUGAUUACAGCAGAUAGCGUGCUAGAACGGAAUGUUCUCGACGGUUGGGUGGUGAUGACCACAAUCAGCAGGUGUGACGCGACGCGACGCUUGACCCAGGCGACGACGCUUGACCUAGAGGAAGACGGGAGCAACAAAACAUCAACAACCGCAGGCGGGAGGAGUCGGGCCACCAUCCUGCAGACCAAUAAAGACCAAUGAGAGAGCGCCAAGGAUAACUGCAGGAGACACAUAACCUAUAGUGAAUUAGUAGAUUGUACUUUUUUAAAUUGUCCUGGGCAACUCGGAUGUGGAGUACGUCGGCUGGAGGGAACAGAGACGUACAGGGUUGUAAUGAGAGGGACCCGAGAUUCAGGUGUUUGUUGAAGGAAUAAAUCCACUCGCGUGUGAAAAUGCCGGCUUCCUGGUCCUUUCUUUGCAGAACGAGCGCGCAAAUUGUUGGAUGAGUGGUGGUCGGGUAAUGUAACAAUUUGGAGUCAGAUGAUUAACGGACUUUUGUAUUAAUCUAAAAAUAAUAUCCAACAAUUCUUGGUGACCCCGACGUGAUGCAAGAAAGGUAAAGAGGUUUGGGACUUAGCGAAAACCACAGAGUCUGGGACUCAGGGUCUGGGACCCACGUCCACACCAGGUGACGACCUGAUAAGAAAGCCCCGAAUCCGACCUUCCUUCCUCGAGUGGCCACAUCGAAAAGUGUGUCUGCACAGGUCAAGGAAAAGGCGGCUGUCGACACUUCGUCAACACCACGGGAUCCCGACAUUACUCCAUACGUCUACAUCCGAGUGCUGUCCAGGAAGUGGACUGACCCUCGCUGGAAAGGACCAUUUAGGGUUCUGGCUAGAACCUCACACGCCGUCCAAUUGGAGACCAAGGGUCAUAAGUGCUAUCAUUCCUCGCAGUUGAGACCGGCACCUGACUUUGUACCUGACAAUGGUGAGCGUGAAAGUUGACUGCCCGGACGGGCAGGUCAAGAGAGGGAAGGUGAAGAUGAUCAGAAUUGAGUCGAAAUCAAAGAUGUCAACAACGUCUGUGUCUGAAAAACAAUUAGGACGCGAAUGUCCGAGUUCUAUUACGAUUACGAUUGUAUGGCUUUGCCUCGCAUCAAUAUGCUGUGUGUGGACCAUGCUGGCGCUUGAAUCUGUUAUACAGGAUGAAAGAAGUGAAGGAGUGACUGUGGACAGCAAUGGAACGGUGUGGUAUGAGGCAUGGCAAGGUGGUGGUGCUGAGCUGACACAGACACAACAAACACUGAUGAGUUUAAAAUGUAAUCAACCGACACAGGUGAGCAUGUGGGGAAGCCUAAAUCUGGAAAGGAAAGGUGACACAGGUCGACCCCAGGAGGUGUAUUGGAACAGAGGUAAGAGGAGCAUGGGUGAGAAGGUGGUCGGGAUGAGGGAGGUUGCCCGACUCGGACGGGACCCAUGCGGACAGGAACGAGACGUGGUUACAAACCAAUUGUAUUUUUGUUAUGGGCCAGGUGUAAACGAGACAGUGAUCAUGUUAGACUUGAAUACUUUUUCAAUUGGGGGGUGGGCAGCAACCACGUGGCUGCCCUAUGUAUGGUAUUUGGAUUUGAGAGGAUCUGAAAGAUGGCCGACAUGGAAGACGGUCUCUCAUAUCAUCGGUAAGAGGUUUGACAGAGCAAGUUAUGGGGCAGUGAAAAAGCACGAAUCUGGCAGGAUAGACUUAGGAAUGUAAGAGUGACUGGACAGGGAAGCACCAAGUUUUUAAUCAAUGACUCGGAAUCAAACAAAUUACCCCCUUCCAGGGAACGUGCCAAGGGGAGGAAGUGAGUGGGCACCGGGAUGUACGACAAUAAGUGUUUGUGUUUCCAAGGUGGGACGGGAUCCCUGUACACGUGUUUAUUUGUGCCCCAACAAGACGGCAUUUGAGGAGUACGGUAGGAAGAAUCAAACAGAGAGCAAAACCAUCCUGACUAGAGGAAAGUCGGUAAGUAGCGUUCAGGUUAAGGUGCUCCCCGGACUCAGGAAGGUAGAUGAUUGGUUCCUAAUUCACACAGGCAUUUCAAUGGUAACGAACAAUUGGUUACUAAUGGCUGAACAGGCAGCCAACACGAUCAAUGGCAAUUGUUUAGUGUGCCUUGAGGCACGCCCUAUUCUCCGCAUAAUUGCAGCGGGAGUAAUUGCCCCCAACUGCAUCUUGCAGUUUUUGUAUGAGAAAAUUCUAACUGGUGAGUGCACUGAAUUGGAUAAAGUUUUCCCACUGAUCGGGAUGGAAAAGAAAAAGCUAAUGUUUAAUACCCAGGUCGCGAAACAAAAUUUUACGUGUCUGAAAUUACAUGGAACUGGCGCAGGGAUCGGUCGAAUCCCAGAGCCAUGGUGUAUUGAGAAUGUGUCUCUGCCAGCAGGUACACCCCUUGCACGUGCAGAUGUAUGGCUGUGGUGUGGAGGAAAAGUGUUGUACGAUAGAUUGCCACCCAAUGCCUCAGAACUGAACUGGCUGAACAAUGAGAGUUUUCAAACAAGUGAUGCCUUGUCGCUUCAUAGUCGGUUUUUAGAGAAGAAAAGUGACUCAUUACACAACAAAGACUCAAGAAAAGAUGUGGACAGUGUGCCACCAAAGAAAAAGAAGCAUGAAAAGCAUGGGGGAAAAAAGAAAAAAUACAAAGAAAACAGUAGAGGGUCAGCAGAAUGCAGUGGCUCAGAAUGUGAACCGAUCUUCCCAAGUGAGCUCAAGCGGAAACAAGAAACUGACAGACCACGGGCUGCUCCAAUAUCAAGUUCUUUCUCAUGGUUGGAUGAUAUAAAGUCGCCCACACUGCAGCCGUUCUGUGUCGACUCUAAAUCUGAUGCUUCGAACUGGACGUACAAGUCUCUAUACAGAGGAAAUGUAGCAAGGUAUAGGAGGAAAGGUUGCUCAUCACUGGGUCUGGACCCUUGCAGACAAGAAGUAAGAUGGGAGGAUGCGAAAAAGAAACAUAAACAUGGGGACAAAAAGAAAGGAGCAGACCGAUACUUUUCCACAGUGUGUCGUCAGUUGCUCAAGUCGCAGCUCCCUCUCCUGAUAUUACCCAGAGUUACUGAAAGCGGAGAUGGGAGCAACUCUACCCCCUUUCUCCCACUGGAAGAUAUUGAGGGGGAGAAAAAAUUAGAGCUGGUUGGGAGAGCUCAGACGUCAUCAGUGAAUCCCCUUGGUGUGUACGACCCCACCACUGCACUCUGGCUGCAGGGGAAGGGAAAGCAAGACCAGACAGAUCACCACGAAGACCCCAAUUUGGAGACAGGCCAGGAUACAGAGCUUGUGACAGGCCAGACAGAAGAAUUCAACAGGAAACUGAGAGAGCAACCAGAAAACACUCAGCUCUGGUUGAAAUUCAUUAGAUACCAGGAUGAGUUGAGUGCAACUGUAUUUGGAGGUGAGGAUGCGCAACAGGCUAAAGAGUUAUCGGAGCGUCGCAAGUCUUCCUACAAAGCUGUGCUGGAGAAAAAGCUGAGCAUUGCAGAGCGCGCCGUGGCCACCAACCCCAGCUGUGUCGCUCUGCAGCGGGAGAGGCUCAGGAUCUGCCAAGAGCUUUGGGAACCAUCAGCGCUGGCUAAAGAAUGGAAGAAACUGGUCUUUCUCCACCCAAAUAGUGGCCCUCUUUGGAAGGAGUAUCUCCUCUUUACCCAGAGCUACUUUAGCAACUUCAGUGUGUCAAGGGUUAACUCGGCUUAUGGGAAAUGUCUCAGCAUGCUCAGCGCCGUCCGGGAUGGCAGCAUGGUGUCCCACCCAGCCAUGCCAGGGAUCGAAGAGGACAUGCUAGAUAUCUUCACCCAACAGUGUCAUUUCCUCCGUCAGUCCGGUCACUCCGAGAAGGCUUUCUCUCUAUUUCAAGCCAUGAUCGACUUUACGUUCUUCAAGCCUGACAGUGUACGGCAACUAUCCACCAAACAACAGGCUGACUUCUUUGAGCCAUUCUGGGAUAGCGGGGAGGCAAGAGUUGGGGAGUUGAAUGCCAGAGGUUGGAAGGCUUGGAUGGUCCAACAGGAGCGAGGAGGGUGGGUGCAGCCCUCUGCAGAAGAAGAAGAAGAGCAGGAGGAGGAAGAGGAAGAGAUUAAGGACCGCAUUCAGCCUAGAUGGAAAGUGUGGCUAAAUGUGGAGUCAUCUCGUGAAGCUGCACAUUGGUUGCCAUGGAGACCUGAAAAAGCCAAGAGCCAAUCAGAGGAGGACUGUGAGGACCCAGAGAGACAAGUGCUGUUCGACGAUAUUGGUUCUUCUCUGAUUUGUCUGUCCUCGUCAGAGCUCCAGCUCCGCUUCCUUCUCAAUUUCUUGUUAUUUUUGGGGCUUCCAGUGGACACUGUGCUGCUGUCUGGUGGCCAUCCUGGCCUGCUGCUGGAGGACCUUUCUCUGCUCACUCAGGGGAGUGAGUCACGACGUCCUCUGACUUCCUCCUACCUACCAAGCCUUGGGCUGAACUCUGUGGGUCACAUGACCACACUCCAGGGAGCGAGGAAAUGGGCUGGGCUCGGAAAGCAGGGCGAGAAGUUUGUCAACGCAAUGUUGGGUAUGCUUCAACCUGUCAUUCCAUCUCAACACCGAACUGUCCUGUCACUGAGUCGAAUGCAGUAUGAGAAACUGAAGGUGUUUCGUUGCAUGCACAGCAACAAAAAACGGCUCCGCUCUCAGAGCAAAAUCAGCAAGCGGAUUGCCAAAUCACUGCUCAAAGAACCUGACAAUCGCUCAUCUUUGGCAAUGUGGCGGGAGUUCGCCCACUUGGAGUGGAUGCUGGGUAACCUCGAAGAGGCCCGGAAAGUGUUUUCCACAGCCAGGGCGCUGGGGGCGGCCAAAGGGCUGAGUGACCCCACUCUCUGCGAGUUGUGUCUGCUUUGGGCUCAACUCGAGGUGGAGGAUGGAGCAAGUGGACCGGGAGGGCUAGAUGGCAAUGGAGCUGCAUCUAUGGCUGUGUGCGUGCUCACCAGACUUGCAGAAGGGAGCGCCAUAUCACCUUCUUCGGCAUCACAGCCCGUCUUGCCGGUUGCCAUCCUGAAGGCCAGGAGGUCUUAUGAACAAGCUCUGACUGCCGCUUUAUGUGCAUUCGAUAAAGAUCUCUUCAAUCCUCAGGACAACAAAAAAGGUGAAGUGGCUGUCCGAGAAGACAAGUUGCGGUUGAGAGGCCUGGUGGGCUGCUAUGGUCUUUUCCAAUACCUCACAAUGGGCCUCAAGGCAGCAAGUGCAGUCUACAGCCAGGCCAGAGAGCGGAUGGACGACUUGCACCGCACAAUCAAGUCUGACUCUGGCACGGAUGCUUUCCGCUCUGGCAGCAGCUUGUUGGUUAGAAGGUUAGCUUCAGAGUGUGAGAUGUUGGCGGUGCAGCAGGCGUCGUUACUCAAGUACCACACGAGCGUUGGUGUGAUCCCUCUAGCGACACUCAGAGACACGCUCACCUUGGCCCUUACAAGCUGGCCUAGUAGUGCCCCACUCUGGAGCAUUUAUGUGCAGGUGGAGAACCGUUACCAUAGUGCUGGCCGGGCACGUCGCUUUUUUCACACUUUAACAAGAGACAACAGCAGUGUUGUGCCACGGCUCUUUACUAUUCUUGCUGAACAACAAAGAAAACAAUUGGUGGAUGCAGCACAGAGGUCUUGCGACAGAAGCGGCCCCUUGAGUGUCCUGCCGGAGAAUGGUCUGAGCAAUCGUAUCCUUGGACUAUAUGAAAGCGCCAUUGGAACAGAGACGGGAGCUCACUGUCCUUUACUUUGGAGGAUGUACAUUCACUGCCUGGUAUCUGAGGGUAAAAUAGAUCAAGCCAAGGGGCUCUUCUACAAAGCUUUACAGAAUAUUCCCUGGGUAAAGGGUCUGUACAUGGAUGCAGUGCAGCUGUUUCCUGAGUGUCUCCAAGAGUUUGCAGAUCUGAUGACAGAGAAAGAGCUGCGAGUCCGGUUGCCAUUAGAAGAGCUCGACAUACUGCUGGAAGACUGAAACAAGCUUCCGAGUAAAACUAAAUGCGGAGCUCAGCACCAGAAGGACAUUUCAGUGAUUACUCAAGAUGCAUGAGAAUGCUUGUCUUAUCCUGGACUUGAGAGAAGUCAAAUAAAGAAGAUAAAUUGCAUUUUCACCCCCAUAAAACAUUUUCUUUUGGUAUGUUAGUUAUUUUAGAUACAUUCAAUAAAAUACUUUUGUUUGUCAUUUGUAUAUAAUUUUUUUGCAAGUUUUAAUUUAUUAAAUAAAGAAUAAUGUUUCUGAAA